AUGCAUCUCGACGCCAUCCUUGCAGUCCUCGCGCUGAGCGCUGGCCACGUCAGCGCGUCAAUCUUCGGAGGGCCCGCGCUCAAUGCGAGCUGCAGGAGCGUCGUCUACAAGGGCCCGAUGGGCUCGUCCCUGGACGCGUUCCGGCAGGCCAAGACGGCGUUUGCCCUCGAGGACCUCUGCUUCGUCGAGGAAAUUGUGCCCAAGCUCCUCUCGUCGCCGCGCCUGCUCUACUACCCCAAGCACGACGCAUCCUCGCCGCGCACGUGCCUCUUGCCAGGUUUGCCCCCACCGCAGGUGUUUACAGAGGGUCCUGUGACGCCGGACGCGAUCGUCGCGUUCGUCAACCGCCAUGCCCACACGUUCCGCGCCCUCGAUGGCUCGCUGCAGCCGAUCGCUGCGACCGUCAACGCCCUCGAGUCGAAUCGAUUUACGGUUCCACGGUCGACCUCGGACCGCUCGUGCAAGGUCGUCGACGCCAGUGAGAUGACAACCGCUCGUUUCCAGGACCACGUCCUCCGCAACGAGCCGCUCAUCAUUCGAAACGCAGCGACCAGCGCGAUGCAAAGCCCGGCGUGGUCGACGGAGCGUCUCCUCGAGCGCAUCGGGCGCAACGACGUCCAUGUCAAGGUGUCGCCGACGGGCGACUUUGAGGGCUGCGAGCCGCUUGCGUGGUGGUCAGCGGCUGAUGACGUGGCGAUCCCAGACUUUGUCGCUUCCCACCUCGAGUCGCCCGACCGCGUCCUUGUCCGGCCGGCCGCCGCCAACAUGCCAUUUGCCGCCUUUGUUGACAAGCUACGGCGUGCGACCAACUCGUCGACGUCGUACUACCUCGAGUACCUCUCGCUCACGACCUAUGUGCCCGAGCUCCUCGCCGACAUUCCGUCGUACGCGUGGGCCGACUUUUUGAAGCUCGAAGUCCAAAACCUCUGGUUUGGCGACGGCAAAAGCGUGGGUAAACUGCACUUUGACGCGUAUGAAAACAUCAUGGUCAUGGUCGCGGGCUCGAAAGAGUUUGUGCUCAUCGAUCCAUCCGACAAUCGGCGGCUCUAUGAAGGUCACAUCCGCGAGGCGCAGUACGAUAUCGACGACGACGGCGUCUUUCAUCGCACGCGCCUCCUGCAGUCGACCUCGAUGGUCAACAGCCCCGUCGACAUGAACAACCCAAGCGACAUGCGCAAGUACCCGCGCUUUCAGGACACCACGCCGCUGCGCUGCAUCAUCCACGAAGGUGACGCGCUCUUCCUCCCGUCGUUUUGGUGGCACGAGGUCAAGUCGUCGCCAGCCGUGAACGAGCCGCGCAACGUGGCCGUCAACUUUUGGUACACGCCUGUGUACCAGCGCGGCUUUCCGUGCCCGACAUGUGCGCUGACGUUCAACACGCACGCGUAUGCAUCGCUGCUUUCGCGCGCCCCGGCCAAGGACGAGCUGUAACGCCAUACAUG